AUGAACAACAUUACCCAUCCCCAUCAUAACCAAUUUCGAUUUUUCCCAGAUGCAGAAACAACUUCCUCACUUGAUAUCUCAUCUGUACAAAAUAAUGAGGACUUGAAUGACGAUUUCAGUGAAUUCAUUGACAUUCCAAAUUUAGUCAGUGAUGAUGAAUCAGGAGACGAUGACAAUGUUCUGAUUAAUACUUUCCGUUCCCUUUGGAAGAAUUCAGGUAGGAUAACACCAGCAACUACAGUUCAAAGUUCUUUUGUUGAACAACAACCAACGCCACCUACCCAACAAACACAAUCUGUUUCAAGUAAUAACAAAGAGUCUAUACUAUCCAAGGCUGCGACACCUAUAUUACAAACUCAACGAAUUCAACAACCCGUUAAGAAACAAACCCCAUCUCAACUUAAAAUUCAACCAAAGGAACAUACGAUCGUCGUCAAACAAGAACACACUGAACGUCUUCAUGCCCGCCCAUCUCAACAAGUUAAAAAAUCCAUUCCUGCAUCCACAGCCCUAACCACUACUACAACCAAAUCACAACAGCUUUCGCCAGAACAAUUUAAGAAUGAACGUAUCCAAUUGAUGACAAUUAUAGUUAAAUAUAUUGCAACCAAGAUCCAUAAUUCAUUCCCACCUGAAUCCCCACGUCAAAUGAAACCCAAUGAACUUCCAUUAGAUAAAUUCUUAUUAUUAUUGACAUGUAGAUUACAAUUAACAUUACCAUUAUUUAUGAAGGGUAUAAUUUAUUUAUUUAGAUAUAUGGAUAUCAUUUAUUUAUUAAGAUAUCUUAAUCAAUCUAAUAAUUUCAUAAAUUAUAAAGAUAUGGGAUUUGAAUUAAAGAAAUUGAUUGUUGGAUGUUUUAAAUUAACUAUAUUAAAAGAAAGAAGAAUUCAUAAAGAUCGUUUUAAUUAUAAUUGGCAUCAAAUUACUGGGUUAACUAAUCAAGAAACUAAUUCAAUUGUCAAGAAAAUCGUUAGUAGAAUGAAUGGAAAAUUGAAUAUUAAAGAUGUUGAAUUAGUUAGAAUGAAAUCCGAAUUGUUUAGAUUUGUUAAAAUGGUAUCCACUGAAGUCUAG